GUCCCUUUGGAGGCACCGUUCCUGCCCACGGCCCUCUCGCGUCAUGUGAACGACCGAGGGGCACCCGAGACCAGUGGCGAAGAAGGCGGCGACUCACGGCGGCAUGGAGGCAACUUUAGAGCAGCACUUGGAGGACACAAUGAAGAAUCCAUCCAUUGUUGGAGUCCUGUGCACAGAUUCACAAGGACUCAAUUUGGGCUGCCGCGGAACCCUGUCAGAUGAGCAUGCUGGGGUGAUAUCUGUUUUAGCCCAGCAAGCAGCUAAGCUAACCUCAGACCCCACUGAUAUUCCUGUGGUGUGUCUAGAAUCAGAUAAUGGGAACAUUAUGAUCCAGAAACACGAUGGCAUCACAGUGGCAGUGCACAAAAUGGCCUCUUGACAUCUUGUAUCAGUUCUCCAGCAGCUUGUCAUGGGGACUCAAUCAUACCUUAUGUUAAUCAUCUUAUAGAGCUAUUAGAGUUCCAGUAAUUAGGCCAUUCAGGUAAUGUGCAUUAGGCACUUUUCUAUUAAUUUUAGAGUAAGCUGCUUUUUGACACUCUGACUUAUCAAAAUUGACAUCAAAAUACUAGUUAAGGGAAGUAUGGUUUGAAGCAAGUUUAGGUCACUUUGUAUACAGAAUUUUGUUAUGUUUAAUAAAACUGGUUGGAGGAAA